AUGGAAUCUAAUUUGAAUCAAGAGGGAGUACCGAGGCCAUCUUAUGUUUUUAGUGCUGACCCAAUUGCAAGGCCUUCGGGAAUAAAUUUUGAUGGCAUUAAGCUUGAUCUCUCUCAUGAAUUUUCCUUAGUUGCUCCAAACACUGAAGCAAACAGUUUGGAAUCUAAAGAUUAUCUCCAGGUUUGUCUUCGAAUAAGACCAUUCACACAGUCAGAAAAAGAACGUGAAUCAGAGGGCUGUGUGCAUAUUCUGGAUUCACAGACCGUUCUGCUGAAAGAUCCUCAAAGCAUCCUUAGUCGGUUAAGUGAGAAAAGCUCUGGGCAGAUGGCACAGAAAUUCAGUUUUUCCAAGGUUUUUGGUCCUGGAACUACACAGAAGGAAUUCUUUCAGGGGUGUAUCAUGCAGCCAAUAAAAGACCUCUUGAAAGGACAAAGUCGCCUGAUUUUUACUUACGGGCUAACCAAUUCAGGAAAAACAUAUACAUUUCAAGGCACAGAAGAAAAUAUUGGCAUUCUGCCUCGAACUUUGAAUGUAUUAUUUGAUAGUCUUCAGGAAAGAUUGUAUACAAAGACAAACCUUAAACCACAUAGAUCCAGAGAAUACUUACGGUUAUCACCAGACCAAGAGAAAGAAGAAGUUGCUAGCAAAAGUGCAUUGCUUCGGCAAAUUAAAGAGGUUGUUAUGCACAAUGACAGCUAUGAUACUGUUAAUGGAAGUUUAACAAAUUCUUUGAAUAUUCCAGAGUUUGAAGAAUCCAUGAAAGAUUGUGAACAAGCUAGCUUGAAUAUGGAUAAUAAUAUAAAAUUUUCUGUAUGGGUUUCUUUCUUUGAGAUUUACAAUGAAUGUAUUUAUGACUUGUUUGUUCCUGUAUCAUCUAAAUUCCAAAAGAGGAAGAUGCUGCGCCUUUCCCAAGAUGUAAAGGGCUAUUCUUUUAUAAAAGAUCUACAAUGGAUUCAAGUAUUUGAUUCUAAAGAAGCAUAUAGACUUUUAAAACUAGGAAUAAAGCACCAGAGUGUUGCCUUCACAAAACUGAAUAAUGCUUCCAGUAGAAGUCACAGCAUAUUCACCAUUAGAAUAUUACAGAUCGAAGAUUCUGAAAUGUCUCGUGUAAUUCGAGUCAGUGAAUUGUCUUUAUGCGAUCUUGCUGGUUCAGAACGAAGCAUGAAGACACAGAAUGAAGGUGAAAGGUUAAGAGAGACUGGGAACAUAAACACUUCUUUAUUGACUCUGGGAAAGUGUAUCAAUGUUUUGAAGAACAGUGAAAAGUCAAAGUUUCAGCAGCAUGUGCCUUUCCGGGAAAGUAAACUGACCCACUAUUUUCAAAGUUUUUUUAAUGGUAAAGGGAAAAUAUGUAUGAUUGUCAACAUCAGUCAAUGUUGUUUUGCCUAUGAUGAAACACUCAAUGUAUUGAAGUUCUCAGCCAUAGCACAAAAAGUUUGUGUUCCUGACAAUUUAAAUUCAUCUCAAGAGAAAUUAUUUGAACCUGUCAAAUCUUCUCAAAAUGUAUCACUAGACAAUAAUUCGGAUAAUAAAAUAUUAAAUGUAAAAAGAGCCACCAUUUCAUGGGAAAAUAGUCUAGAAGAUUUGGUGGAAGAUGAAGAUUUGAUUGAGGAAUCAGAAAAUACUGAAGAAAACCAAAAUGUGAAAACGGAACUUACUGAUGAAGAUCUAGAUAAAACAUUAGAGGAAGAUAAUGCUUUCAAUAGCCACAAGGAGAACAGAGUAUGUAUUAAGAACUCAUACUUCUGUGCUUGGCUUGUUAUUCUGAAAUUAGGGGAAACUCUCCUUCAGGAACGAGAGAUAUUAGAAGAAAAUGCUGAAUGUCGUUUGGCUAUCUUCAAGGAUUUGGUUGGUAAAUGUGACACUCAAGAAGAACCAACAAAUGGAGGUUGUGCCAUGAAAGUUGAAACUGAAGAAAAACAUGAUUAUGUAGGAUUUGAAGAUAUUAUUGAUUCUCUUCAAGAUAAUGUCGCUGAUAUUAAGAAACAGGCUGAAAUUGCUCACUUAUAUAUUGCAUCUCUUGCUGACCCCCAGGAAGCUCUUGCAUGUUUAGAACUAAAGUUUAAUCACGUUAAGGCUGAAUUAGCUAAAACCAAAGAAGAAUUAAUCAAAACCAAAGAAGAGCUCAAAAAGAGAGAAAAUGAAUCAGAUUCUUUGGUUCAAGAGCUCGAAACAUCUAAUAAGAAAAUAAUUAUGCAGAAUCAAAGAAUUCAAGAAUUGAUAGAUAUAAUUGAUCAAAGAGAAGACACUGUCAACAAAUUUCAGAACCUAAAGUUUCAUAUGGAAAACACAUUAAAAGACAAUGAUAAGGCUGGUACAUCUUUAAUAAUAAACAGUAAGUUGACUUGUAAUGAAACAGUUGAAGUGCCUAAGGUCAGCAGAACUAAUACCUAUUCAGAAAGAAAAAGAUUAAAUGAAAAUGAACUUCAACAAGAUGAACCACCAGCAAAGAAAGGACCAAUAUAUGUUAGUUCAACUAUCACUGAAGACGAAAAGAAAAGAGAAGAAAUGCAACAGAGCAUUUCAGAAGACAGCGAAGACAUCAGAGUUUUACAAGAAAAUAAUGAAGGGCUGAAAACACUUUUACUCAUUGUUGAGAAUGAACUUAAAAAUGAAAGGGAAGAAAAAGCAGAAUUAAAUAAACAGAUUGUUGGGUUGCAGCAGGAACUUUGUCUUUCUGAAAAAAAGAGUUUAAGUAUAGAGGUACAACAAAUUCAGUCAAAUUAUGACAAUGCAAUUGCCGAAUUACAUGUGCAGAAAGGUAUAAAUCAAGAACAGGAGGAAAAGAUCAUGAAAUUGUCAAAAGAGAUAGAAACUGCUACAAGAAGUAUUACAAAUAAUGUUUCACAAAUAAAAUUAAUGCAAACAAAAAUAGAUGAACUACGUACACUUGAUUCAGUUUCUCAGAUCGCAAACAUAGAUUUACUCAAUUUCAGGGAUCUGUCAAAUGCUUUUCAGGAAGAUAAUUUGCUAAAUACACAGUUACAUCUUUUAGGUAAUGAUUACUUGGUGAGUAAGCAGGUUAAAGAAUGUCGUAUUCAAGAAUUCAAUAGGGAAAGUGCUUUCCACUCUAGUAUUGAAGCUAUUUGGGAAGAAUGUAAGGAGAUUGUGAAGGCCUCCUCUAAAAAAAGUCAUCAGAUCCAGGAACUGGAACAACAAAUUGAAAAAUUACAGGCAGAAGUAGAAGGAUAUAAGGAUGAAAACAACAGACUAAAAAUAGAGGAGAGGGAGCAUAAAAAUCAGAGUGACCUACUAAAAGAAAAAGAAAGUCUUAUACAGCAGCUGAAAGACAAAUUGCAAGAAAAAACCUUUAAUCUUGAUGUUCAAGCACAACAUGUAGUUGAAGGAAAGAGAGCACUUUCAGAACUUACGCAAGUUGUUACUUGCUCUAAGGCAAAAAUAAAGGAACUUGAAACAAUCUUAGAGACUCAAAAAGAUGAAUGUAGGCAUUCAGCCAAGUUAGAACAAGACAUUUUGGAAAAGGAAUCUAUCAUCUUAAAGCUAGAAAGAAAUCUGAAGGAAUUUCAAGCAAAUCUUCAGGAUUCUAUCAAAAACACCAAAGAUUUAAGUGAAAAGGAAAUCAAGUUGAAAGAAGAAAUCACGCAAUUAACAAAUAAUUUGCAGGAUGUGAAGCAUUCUCUUCAAUUAAAGGAAGAAGAAAAAGAAACCAUCAGACAAGAAACGGAAAAACUGAAAGAGGAGCUUUCUGCGAGCUCUGCUCUUACCCACAGUCUGAAAGUGGAUCUUCAUAGGAAGGAAGAAGAUUAUGCUGAGCUGAAAGAGAAACUGAGUGAUGCCAAAAAGCAGAUUGAGCAAGUACAGAAAGAGAUAUCUGUAAUGCGUGAUGAGGAGAAAUUACUGAGGAUUAAAAUUAAUGAACUGGAGAAAAAGAAAAACCAGUGUUCUCAGGAAAUAGAUAUGAAACAACGAACCAUUCAGCAACUCAAGGAGCAGUUAAGUAAUCAGAGAGUGGAGGAAGAAGCGAUACACCAGUAUGAGAAAGUGUGCAAAGAUCUAAGUGUUAAAGAGAAAAUAAUUGAAGGCAUGCGAAUGACACUGGAAGAACAAGAACAAACUCAGGUGGAACAAGAUCAAAUGCUCGAGGCUAAAUUAGAGGAAAUUGAAAGACUGGCCACAGAAUUGGAAAAAUGGAAGGAAAAAUGUAAAGAUCUGGAAACUAAAAGUGAUCAAAGGUCAAAUAAAGAACUUGAGGACAACACUGACAUACUUAGUAAAAAGCUCAGUAAUCUUCAAGAGGAGUUGCAGGAGUCUGAACAGAAAUAUAAAUCUGAUAAAAAGAAAUGGUUAGAAGAAAAAAUGAUGCUUAUCACUCAAGCAAAAGAAGCAGAAAAUCUACGAAACAAAGAGAUGAAAAAAUAUGCUGAAGAUAGGGAGCGUUGUUUAAAGCAACAGAAUGAAGUGGAAAUACUAAAAGAACAGCUAGCAAAGAAAGAUAGUGACCUUAAAAAGUGGCGAGAAGAACGGGAUCAGCUGGUUGCGGCUUUAGAAAUACAGCUGAAAGCAUUGAUCUCCAGUAACACACAGAAAGAUACUGAAAUUGAACGGUUAAAAAAGAUCACAUCGGAGGCUUCUAAAACAGAAAAACAAACCAUGGAUAUCAAGCCCAGAUGUAUUAGUUCAACAGAUCUUGGCAGACUUGAACCUGAACCUCGGUCAACAAGUUUGGAAAUUUCUAGGAGUGAAGUAGAGGAUGGAUCUGUAGUCCUUGACUCUUGUGAAGUGUCAACAGAAAAUGAUCAAAGUACUCGAUUUCCAAAGCCUGAGUUAGAGAUUCAAUUUACACCUUUACGGCCAAAUAAAAUGGCAGUGAAACACCCUGGUUGUACCACACCAGUGACAGUUAAGAUUUCUAAGGCCCGGAAGAGGAAGAGUAAUGAAAUGGCGGAGGACGUGGUGAAAUGUGAAAAUAAGAAGAAUGCUACACCCAGAACUAAUUUGAAGUUCCCUGUUUUGGAGCAUAGAAAUUCUUCUGUCAAAAAGGAACAAAAGGUUUCUACACAUGCAUCAUCUAAGAAAACAUAUUCUUUACGGAGUCAGGCAUCCACAAUUGAUGUAAACUUGGCCACUAAGAAGAAAGAAGGAACUCUGCAGAAAUUUGGAGACUUCAUCCAACGUUCUCCAACAAUUCUUCAAUCAAAAGCAAAGAAAAUACUUGAAACAAUGAGCUCUUCAAAGCUCUCAAAUGUAGAAGCAAGUAAAGAAAAUGUGUCUCAACCAAAACGAGCCAAACGGAAAUUAUACACAAAUGAAAUUUCAUCUCCUAUUGAUAUAUCAGGCCAAGUGAUUCUAAUGGACCCAAAACUGAAGGAGAGUGAUCACCAGAUUCUCAAACGACGACUUCGAACAAAAACAGCAAAAUAA